AAUGCAGGCUGCCGGCCGAGCGGGGCAGCGGCAGCCGGCGCCCCCAUCCCGCCGCCGAGCCCCCCGCCCGGCCCCGUAGAGAUGCUCCGGGGGGAGGCACCCGCAGGAAGGCCAGCUCAGCUCUCCCGUUGCACACCCCGGUCGGGACGUAUAGAUGGCCUCGAAACGGCACUUGGAGUCUCUGGACCCCGUGAUUUUCAACAAGCUACCUCGGUUGGAGACAGAGCCUGCUGCCGGCUUCCCCUCUGGCCUCUGCAAAUCCAGCCCCGUGUCCAACCCUGGCUCCGAAAACCAUUUCAACUACAAGGGCUCCUACUUUGCCUGCCCCCCGUGCCAGGGCGAGGGGCCGCUGGCGAGCUGCCUGCUGUACCCACCCGAGAGCCUGGGGCCCGGGCUGCAGCCCCUGGGCGCCGAAAAGGGCAAGGACAGCCUGAUGCGGGAGCUGCUGAUGGCGAGGGAGAAGUGGACCAGCCCGCCGCCGGCUCCGGGACACCCCUUCCCGGUGAAGAAGCCGGUGGCGGUGAACAAGGCGGCCCCCCUGGCUGUCCCCAAGCCGGUGUACAGAGCCCCGGUGUGCUUUUUGGACCCCAGGAUGGCUCUGCCGCUGGGACCCCGGGCGGAGAGCCUGCAGCAGAGGCCGGGGGAUGCGGACUGGGCUCUGCCUGCCGCCACCCCCGCCAGCCACCCUCUCCACCCCGGUGAGCCACGGCGGCACCCGGCUGCACAAGGAGGGGUCCCCACUGCCGACCCCAGCCUCCCGCCUCUGCACCCCGGCCUGGCGCUGCCCGCCAAGGAGAAGGUGGGCUCCCCCAUUGCCUUCUCCCCCUACUAUGUCGCCUUUGAGAAAUACAGGGGCCCCCCUGGCACCCCUUUCCUGGAAGCCAGCUGCCCCGCCGCCCACAGCCAGAGGAAGGUCCCCGAGGUCCCCAGCCUCAGCCCGGACCCCUGGCCCAAGCUCCAGCCGCCCGCCGCCAGCCCGGCGUACCGGGAGAGGCCGGCGGUGUGCUACCCGCACACCCACUACCCGCUGCCCCUCCAUAAAGCUGCCCUCCUCUACCCCCCGCCAGCUCCCACCGUGGAGGCACAGCCCAGCGCCCUGCCCGGCGCCUACAAAGGCUUCGGCUUCGCGGGAAGCGAGGAGCCCUUUCCCAGCUCUUACCUUAAGCCCCAAGCCCCAAGGACCUACUUUCCCAGUCCCUUGGACACCUACGUGCCGAGGGCAGCCGGCGCCGGCGCCGUGGCAUCACCACCCGCCAAGUCGGCGGCACUGCCGAGGGAUGCCGAGCCGCCGCGGCGAGCCGGCUGCUUGCCGAGCCCCGGUUUUGCCUUCAUCCCCAGCGACGCGGCCGUAUUCGGCACCUCCUUCGCCGGCACGAAGCCCGGCUACGAGCGGCACCAGGCGGAAAGUCCCCGGCAGGCGAGCGGCGGCGAGGCCCAACAGCGCUUUCCAACCCGUCUGCGCCCCAGAGAAGGUGCCCGGGGGCUCCGGUGGGCUGGCAGAGACUUUUCUCAAAGAAGAAGGGGGCUGGGUGAAACCCAGCCAUGGGGAGCAGCAGCCCCCGUACCCGGGGAGGAGAACGGCCUAGCUCGGCCCCUCAGGAGACCCCCCAUGGGGGACCACCGUCUCCCGUCAUCGGGGAAGGGAGAUGACUGUAAGGUCAAGGACGAAGCAAAAGAGCCUAUCCCCUCUUCUCCGCCUGCCUCCCCCCCAGAGAGCCUGAAAGACCGGAGGGAUGGCAAGGUUUCCCCUUCCUCCCCACCCAUGCCAGUGAUCAACAAUGUCUUCAGCCUGGCACCUUACCGAGCCUACCUGGAGGGGACCGAGGGCUCAGCCCAGGUCCCCUUCUGCAGGGAGCAUCCGCGGGGGGACACCCCACCCCAAAACAGGGGGGGCAGCCAGGAGCCCGCUGCCCUCGGAGACAUCUCGGAGAUGUCCAGCCUGCUGCCGGUGGGGACGGCAGCCGGCCAGGCGCUGAAGAUGGGCAGCGUUGCCGUCCAGAGCCAAGGGGAAAGCUGUUACAGAAGGGUCCCCAAAAAGCCAAAGCUUGUGCCCCGCGACUCAGGGUCUCGGCAGAGCAGCCCUGGUGGGGUGGGGAAUGGGGAGCCGGCCCCCGAGGACACGGUGCUGGACCUCAGCUUGAAGAAGAGACUGGUGAAAGCCAGGGAGACGCAGGGACCCGUCGGCCGACCGGACAGGGAGGAUGUGGAGGAGGAGAAAGAGGGGCCAGAGGGGAAGGUGGGGGUGGGAGAAGGGGCCAAGCCCCAGGCACUGCCCUUGCUGCUCGAGGUGGGCUCUGGGGACAAGAGCAACUUCCAAAGCUCAGCCACCUUCAUGUUCAAAAAAUACAAAAUCCUGCGCUCCCUCCCGCCCAGCACCGUGCCCCCCCGGCAAGCCGGCAGCCCCCGCACCCCCCAGCCCAGCCCGCCACCACCGGCCCCCUCCAGCAGCAUCCCCACCCCUCCGCCACGGACCCCCCCUGCCCCCCUGCCCGCCAGCAGCCCCCCAGCCCCCCAGCCUGGUCCCCAGCCCAGCACCUCCUCCCUGCGGGGGGCUCACCCGGCCCGGCUGCAGCCCCCGCUGCCCGAAGCCCCCGGCACACCGGGAGAGGAGAGCGUCUCGCUGCCGGGGCUGUGCGAGGCCCCUGGCCCGCAGACCUCCGCCGGGCAGUAUUUCACCACCCUGCACACCUGGCUCUGCGACGUUAUUUCGUGCUCGGUGUCCAGGUCCUCCCCGGAGCUCCUGCAGGAGUGGUUGAAGAAGGCAGAGCCGGCGGAGGAGCUCGGAGAGGUGCCCAGAUCCCCGCCCAAGCCCAAGAACGGCUCCAGAAUCCCCGAACCUCAGAAGCCCACCAAAGGCAAGGAGAUCUGGCUGGCUUUCCAGGACGUGGCCGCCCUCCUCACCAACCUGCUCUCUCAGCUCGAGACCUUCAUGUUCGCUCGCAAGUGUCCUUUCCCCCACGUAGUCCGGGCAGGGGCCGUCUUCAUCCCCAUCCACGUGGUGAAGGAGAAGCUCUUCCCCAAGCUCCCCGGGGCCUCGGUUGACCAAGUGCUGCAGGAGCACAAGGUGGAGCUGCGUCCCACCACGCUCUCCGAGGAGCGGCACUUGAGGGACCUGGAGCUGAAGAGCUGCAGCUCACGCAUGCUGAAACUCCUGGCGCUCAAGCAGCUCCCCGACAUCUACCCGGACCUGCUGAACCUCCACUGGCACGACUCCAUCAGGCAGCAGCUCGGCUCAAGCUCGCAGGCUGCCCAGCAUCCCUCCAAGUAACCCUGGCAUGGAGGCGCUGAAAGCUGAUGGCAAAGCAACAGCCAUGGACAGCACGAAGGAAACGGAGGCGCUAAGGAAUGUGUCCCGGGCCACCCGCCCGCGGGGAGGGGAAAGGGAAGGUCCCCCUCGUCCCCAGAGCGGGGUCCCCUCCGACCUGCGGGGAGAUGCUCGGCUCCCACCGCCUGCUCCACCCGAGGACGGGGACAGGUCCUGCUGGGAUGCUGGUGCCUGGAGGCCACGGGCACCGCAGGGAUCCUCCGAGAACGACGCUCUUGGGGUGGAGAACAGCAGCGGGGACGCUGCAGGGAUGGUCGGCGUACCCGGGCCCACGGCGACGGGCUCGAGCCCCCCACGGCAGCUGGAGCUGCAUUUCUUUUAAUACAUCAUCUUCUAGUGCAUCUCCUACCUCCGGCCAGGCUGCAGCCAGUGAACUGGGAUGGCAUGGCUGGAAUUCCAGUGGAGCUGGAGGGCUGGAGCAGCGUUUGUACUCGCAAGAGGAGCAUGGAAAUGGCCACACCGCCGUCCCCCGCCUUGGGGAAAGGCUGGCUGCUGCAGGGAUGGUUUACCACGUCCCCUCCUCUCUCCUCUAACUCACCUCUCCUGCUUUAUACACGCCGUUCCCAAUAAACGUACCUUCCUCCUGGUUUUUAAUCUUCAAAGUGCUACAGAGACUUAACACAACAUUAAGGGCCAAGGGAAUCACGACUUCUGUAGUUACAGGAUUGACUUUUUUGUUGUCUUAAAUGAAGACAUUUUAAAAAUGUUACAAAUUCACCUUUAUAAGGAGCUGCUGCCUUCAGGUUAUGUGGGUUGGUUUUGUUUUGUUUUGCGUUUUUUGUGGUUUGGUUUUUUGUUUUUUUUAAUAGUAAUUUAUACCUUUUUUUUUAUUUAAACUCACGUCUUCACCUGUUUACUGUGCUGGACCGAGGCAGUGGGAGCAAUGCUGUUCAGGCUGAGAGCUUCAGUCCUGACUGUAGCUGAAAAAGGCUGCCAGGAAGGUUUAAAGGCCGUUCAAGAAAACCAAACCAAUUUCCAAGCCAGAUCCCAGCCGUCCCAAAGGAGAACGUGGGAGAUGCACGUUUGGGGGGACAACCUUGAUGGAGACCUGGCGACCCUGGUGUGACCAGAGGGGCAGGAGAGGGGAGCGAUGCUGCGAGACCUUGGAAGGAGAGAUCCUUUCCAUCCUGCGGGCACCAAGAGGUUGACGGGCAUCCCAGGGGGGGAUCCCGGCAGCUGAGGACGGACAGACUCCCCCUCGCCCGAUCCGCAGCAGAGGCCUUACAAACUCAACGCUCAGGGGUUUUUCCAGCGGAUGCAGGGCAUGGAGGAACAAAACGAGGAUUACUAUUGUUAUUAUUUUUUAUUUCACUACAGGAGAUAUUUAUUUUAAACUAAAAAACUAAGAAAACAGAGGGAAAAACAAACAAACAAAAAAUACAAACCUACCCAAGCCGUACCAUAGACUCUUGGCCGAAAGGUGUGUUUGCCGGCCUGGGGAGGCAGCAGCUGCUGCCGCCGUGUUUUCUGUGGGUGCCUUUCUGGUUUUCCACUGGGAUGUACUGGGGGAUGGGGCAGGGGGGAUGCUACUGUUCUCCUCGCUCUUCCUUGCCGUGCCGUGUCUGUGCAUAGCGCUGUAAAGCCGUUCGGAAAGCAGUGUUUGUUAAUAAUAUUGCAAUUUAUAUAUAUAUAUAUAUGUGUGUGUGUAUAUAUACAUAUAUAUAUAUAUAUAUAUAAGGUUCCAGGGAAGAAAGUUCCUUCAUCUUAUUUAAUAUUUUGUAAGAAUAUGAAUUUUAAGAGGUGCCUCUCCUGAUUAAAAGGGUCUGGCUCAUUUCCAAA